CCUCUUGCCCAGGUAGACGGGACGCACAGCGGAAAGACCUGGACUCACCUUGGAUCAUCCAUCAUGGCAAUGAACGGCACAGCAGACGUAUUGAGUUCUGCUUAUCUUGCAGUGGAGUAUGUAGACGCUGCUCUGCCGGAGAACCCCUUCCAGCCCUCCCUGAAACAUGCCUGGAACUACAUGCUGGACAACUACACCAAGUUCCAGAUUGCCACCUGGGGGUCCCUCAUUGUCCAUGAAUUCAUCUACUUCCUGUUCUGCCUGCCUGGUUUCCUCUUCCAGUUCAUGCCCUUCAUGCAGAAAUACAAGAUCCAAUCGGACAAGCCAGAGACCUGGGAGAAACAAUGGAGAUGCUUCAAGAUGUUGCUUUUUAACCAUUUCUGCAUCCAGUUACCUUUGAUCUGUGGCACAUACUACUUUACGGAAUUCUUUAGCAUCCCAUAUGACUGGGACUCCAUGCCACGCUGGCCAUGCCUCCUGGCUCAGUGCUUUGGCUGUGCUGUAAUUGAGGACACCUGGCAUUACUUCCUCCAUCGCCUGCUGCAUCACAGGCGCAUCUACAAAUAUAUCCACAAAGUCCACCACGAGUUCACUGCUCCAUUUGGCAUGCAGGCAGAAUACGCUCACCCUCUUGAGACCCUCAUCCUGGGCGCUGGUUUCUUCAUCGGCAUCAUGACCUUUUGUAACCACGUGUUCUUCCUCUGGGCCUGGGUGGCCUUCCGUCUGCUGGAGACCAUUGAUGUCCACAGCGGUUAUGACAUCCCUCUGAAUCCACUUCACUUAAUCCCGUUCUACGCUGGUGCCCGUUUCCACGACUUCCAUCACAUGAACUUUGUUGGGAACUAUGCGUCCACCUUCACCUGGUGGGAUAAGCUGCUGAACACUGACAAUCAGUACAACAAAUACGCGCAGAAACAAGAAGACAAGAAGGAGCAGUAAUCUACCUGAUUCCCCAGCUGAGGACACACGUAUCUGAUGUUUUAACAAUAACGAGGAGGAUAGAAAGAGCACAGCUUUUCUUUUCUGUUCCCUUAAUGAAACACACUCAAAGCAGAAGUGUGUCACAGGCGAACCAACACACAGGUUUUGAUUCGGAGUCAAAAAGCAGGUUGACUUUUUUCUGCUUUCAGUGCCUUAAUGAAAAAGAAGUAUGUUGUAUGCAUUUGCAGCUGCUGGCUGAAUAAAAACCAUCAACAUCUGAAUGUUUGAUUUGCUUCUCAUGACAUGAAAAAAGUGUAACAUAUUCCUUUGUUGUGAAAUGCUCCUGUUUACCUCUAAAUGUUUCAGCACUUUAGCACUUCCUCUUACGUUGAUGUGAGUCUAAAUAUCUUUACUUCCUGCAGCUGAAGCUGCCGUUCAGUAGAAAUGACCUAAACUUGUGAUGACCUCUGAAAUAAGGUGCACACUGGGGAUGAACUGGGAAUGAGAUUUUGGUUCUUAUGGGGUAUAAAACUAUAUUUUCAUAGUUAAUAAUCCAAUGCUUUUUUUCAAAAACUAAAGGAAAACUGCUCUGUUUCUUCUGUGUUUAUCAUAGUCGAAUAAAAUAUAUGAAACUAUAACCAAAACUUAAUCUGGACAUAAAUUUUAUGUGACGGAAGUCUGUAAAACUGGACAGUGAUGUGUGCAACAGAAUAAAAGGUAUUCUCU